AUGCGGGGCGACCUAACGGGCAUCCCCGAGGCUCGGCACGUCGAUAUCGAGGAGCGCCUGUACCCUGUCUCACCAGCCGACCUGGAACGUCAGCUCGUCCGACUCAAACAAGAACGAAAGGAUGUCACUCAAGAGGAUAUUGUCAAGGUGGUUACAAUGGCCCUUCGCCGGCCAUUGACACGGGACGACGCGCAUUUGUUCGAGUCACCUUCGAACAUCGACGAUCCCGAUCGCUGGCUCGACUGGUUCUCCAGCACCCUGAAAACAUGCGACGAGGCCCGGACGGCUAACCGCAACUUCGAAAACGCACGAGUGGCAAUCAUUUCCGACACGCGGUGGUCACGUUUCCAGCGAAAAAACCUGGCCUCAAUCGAGCUACCCGGUGUUGGACCCAUCCCUGAAACCGAUUGCACGCCACCCGAGGGUGUCGUCCUACCUAUCGGCGGUACUAAAAUUCCCCGUCUACCUGCUCAGCAACUGGUCAAAGUCCACGGAGCCGUACAGUACCACUUAACCGACGACAGGGCCUCUUUCACCCUACCAUUAAGGGACCUGGAACUCACACGACUACCCUCGGCCAUCUGGCGCAUCUGUCGCAGGACGCUCUCAUCUCGGCGCCACUACCUGGACCUCGCCCUCGGAGGCCAUCAUAUUGAAAGCACCCUCGCCACCCCUGACGGCCGGUCGCAAACCCCGGAGUCUCUCUCCCCGGGUGCCGUUGACUCAAACAAUCCCCUCGAGUCCCCGACGGUCGAAUUGCCGUUCCUGGGCCUAAAAGAUGACGAGCUCCUUUCAAUGGUGGCACCAUCCCCUCGACCAGACCAAAAGGUGUGCCAAGUGGGUUCCAAUCCAAACGCCCCGUUGGUUCAGGUCCGCAUCCAAACGGCCGACACGCUUGCGUUAGUGGAUACAGGAGCUUCCGUGACGGUAAUUAGCGAGGCGUUCUGGAACGAACUCGGGAGCCCUCCUCUCCAAAAACCGGUGUAUGGGUUGGUCUCGGCAUCCAACACGCCUAUACGAACGCUGGGCCUCCGCCCGUGCAUUCUGGGGAUUAACCUGUUGCGCAAACUCAAGGCCCUCGUCAACCUCUCAACCAACUGUGUUGGCUUUGGGGAUUCUCCCAUCACCCUACCGUUCCACACCGACGACGCCCAGACGACACCAAGAACGGUAGCCCAUCUCAAACGUGAGGACCCGCGGGAACCACCGGAACAGAAAGCUCACGAACCCGCGCCUUCGGUCUCCCUACACAACGUGCCGACCAACUGGCCCACUGUCCACCCCACGUCCACGGUCUAUGUCAAAAGCAACUCCCGCAGGCUUGUCUUAUGCCACAUCUCGUCAGACCUCCCGGAAGGGUGCCCUAUAUUGGUAGAGUCCACUGCCUCGUUGUCCCCUUUACAUAUCGCCCGUUCGAUCAACAUCGUCCGGAAGGAAGGCUUCUGGGUCCAGGUGCGGAACCACUCGGACACGAAAUUAGUCAUUCGCCCCACCGACGCCAUCGGAGUGGUUACCCACCUCCCGGACCACUACAGGAACCACACGGACACGCCAGCGUCGGACACGUUGCCCACCCCGUCGCCCCGGAGCGCGACUUCUCUGCGGGGGGGAGAGAGGGAGGUUCCACAGGAGGCGGAAACACUCUGCGCACUAUCCACAGGAGCGCAGGAAACAAGUACGAAACCAGGCAAGGAAGAGAUCCAAAUUGACUGGAAAGACUCCAGUCUGAGCCUCGAACAGAAAGAACUCCUCCGAAAACUUCUCCUGCGCUUCGACCUCUUCGUCUCGACAUCAAAAGCCCCGGGAAGGACUGACCUGACCAAAUGCCACAUCAACACCGGGGAUGCGACCCCGAUCAAACAAGCACCAUUCCGAGUGACCCAACGAGAGGGAGAGAUCAUGGAAGCAGAAAUCAAACAGCUCCUGGAGCUUGGACUGAUCCGACAUUCCACAAGCCCGUGGGCUAGCCCAGUACUCGUGAUCAGGAAGCCGGACGGUUCCAUCCGGUUCUGCAUCGAUUACCGACGGCUCAACGACGUCACGAUCAAAGAUUGUUACCCAAUGCCUCGAGUAGAUGAUCUCUUGGAUGUUCUGGGCAAAUUCAAGUUCUUCACAACCAUGGACGUGGCAUCGGGAUACUGGAACGUGCGGAUGGCUGAAGAAAGCAUCGAGAAGACAGCCUUCACCUGCAAGUACGGGCUGUACGAAUGGCUAGUCAUGCCCUUCGGACUGUGCAACGCGGUGCCGCAAUUCGAAAGGCUCAUGGAAGGGGUCCUCCAGGAAUACUUGUGGCGCAUCUGCUUGGUCUACCUAGACGACAUCAUCAUCUUCAGCGAGGACUUUGGCGAACAUCUAGUGCGCAUAUCCCAAGUCCUGACGCGCCUCCAGGAUGCCGGGUUCAAACUGAAAGCGUCCAAGUGCCAAUGGGGAAGGGAUAGGGUCGGGUUCCUGGGGCACACGAUCACCCCGGGAGGCAUCCUACCAAACCCUGAAAAAGUGAAAGCGGUGCUGAGAAUCAAACCCCUGAAAAACGUGGCCCAAGUCCGAUCCUUCCUGGGACUCGCCGGCUACUUCCGGAGAUUCAUCAAGGGGUACGCCCUGCUAUCUCGACCCUUGGAAAAACUUAAUGUGGCCGACGAGUUCGAAUGGUCCCCGGAAUGUCAAACCUCCCUACCCGGACUUCGAACUACCUUUCACGGUCUUCGUGGACGUAUGCUCCAUUCUGUAGCCCUGGGGGCAGUAUUGAUGCAAGAACAACGAGGCCGACACCGAGUGAUUGCUCUGAGCCUCGAACAGAAAGAACUCCUCCGAAAACUUCUCCUGCGCUUCGACCUCUUCGUCUCGACAUCAAAAGCCCCGGGAAGGACUGACCUGACCAAAUGCCACAUCAACACCGGGGAUGCGACCCCGAUCAAACAAGCACCAUUCCGAGUGACCCAACGAGAGGGAGAGAUCAUGGAAGCAGAAAUCAAACAGCUCCUGGAGCUUGGACUGAUCCGACAUUCCACAAGCCCGUGGGCUAGCCCAGUACUCGUGAUCAGGAAGCCGGACGGUUCCAUCCGGUUCUGCAUCGAUUACCGACGGCUCAACGACGUCACGAUCAAAGAUUGUUACCCAAUGCCUCGAGUAGAUGAUCUCUUGGAUGUUCUGGGCAAAUUCAAGUUCUUCACAACCAUGGACGUGGCAUCGGGAUACUGGAACGUGCGGAUGGCUGAAGAAAGCAUCGAGAAGACAGCCUUCACCUGCAAGUACGGGCUGUACGAAUGGCUAGUCAUGCCCUUCGGACUGUGCAACGCGGUGCCGCAAUUCGAAAGGCUCAUGGAAGGGGUCCUCCAGGAAUACUUGUGGCGCAUCUGCUUGGUCUACCUAGACGACAUCAUCAUCUUCAGCGAGGACUUUGGCGAACAUCUAGUGCGCAUAUCCCAAGUCCUGACGCGCCUCCAGGAUGCCGGGUUCAAACUGAAAGCGUCCAAGUGCCAAUGGGGAAGGGAUAGGGUCGGGUUCCUGGGGCACACGAUCACCCCGGGAGGCAUCCUACCAAACCCUGAAAAAGUGAAAGCUGUGCUGAGAAUCAAACCCCUGAAAAACGUGGCUCAAGUCCGAUCCUUCCUGGGACUCGCCGGCUACUUUCGGAGAUUCAUCAAGGGGUACGCCCUACUAUCACGACCCUUGGAAAAACUUAAGGUGGCCGACGAGUUCGAAUGGUCCCCGGAAUGUCAAACCUCCCUGGACAACCUGAAGAGAAAGCUGGCCAGCCCCCCAAUCCUAGCCUACCCGGACUUCGAACUACCUUUCACGGUCUUCGUGGACGCAUGCCCCAUAGCCCUGGGGGCAGUAUUGAUGCAAGAACCACGAGGCCGACACCGAGGGAUUGCGUAUGCUAGCCAAGCCCUGGACGCCUCUCAACAAAAAUGGAUCAAGAAGAAAGACGGAGUCUCGGAGAUCGAGUGUUAUGGGUUAGUGUGGGCCACAACCAAGUUCAGACCCUACCUCGACCGGAGACACUUCACGGUCUACACGGAUCACGCGGCCCUAGUAUGGUUAUACAAGACCGGAUCGAAGUCCGGGAACGGGAAGUUGGCCCGGUGGGCCGUGCACCUACAAAGCCUGGAUUUCACAGUGGUUCAUCGCCCUGGAGCACAGAUGGGGUGCGCCGAUGGACUGUCAAGACUCCCUAUAGAGUCCCAGGGCGAACCCACCCCGAGCGCAUAUCUUUGGGAUGCGGAAACCGAAGAUUUCUCAGCCGUGCCCCUGCCGGCAGGGGGUCCCCGAGUGUGCUCUAUAGGCUCGGGAGUAGUGGGAGCGAUCACAAGGGGCCAAGCCCGCGCGUCGGAACCACCCCAGGAACCCCCGGAAGCCAAAACGAGAAAAGGAGUGAACCCCAAGGACCCAAGCAAACUCCCUAGAACCCCCGACCGUAACCUCGACGGCGAAACUCCCGUCUCUGAGGGCUUGGAAGAUUCUCUGGUCGAGGAGGGGCCCGCUCCGGCAGCCGAAGCGGACGGGGUGUCGCCCCUGAAACUGCCUCCGUACUACGACGACACGUACGCUCUACCCGACUGGGUACUGCGUAAAGAACAGGCAAGGGAUCCGUUCACCAUUUCCAUGAAGGCGUACCUCGAGGACAAGGCACUUCCCCUGGAAGAAUGGCUUAUGAAGGUGGUAACCCGGACGUCCGAGCAUUACGAAGUGAAGGACCAACUACUCCGCCGGUCGGCCCGAUCCUCUCUUUGGAUUCCCGGAAGACUCUAA